AGUAUACACAAGGACAAAGUAGAGUUAACUCAACUUUGUCUAGCUAUUAAUACAUUGUGAGAGUAUUUGUGUAAUUCAGACCCUGACUUCAAUUACAAACUCUUAUUUCUCCGUCUUAACUUGAUAAUCUUCGAGUAAUAGGCUUUUUUUCGAAAUUAAUCUCAUAGGAACAAGUGUUGAGAGAUCAAUAGACACGAUGGACCCUGAAGAAGGUGUGUCAGCUCCUUCAACACCAGCAACUCCGGGGACUCCUGGUGCUCCUCUCUUUGGUGGAUUGAUCAAGCAUGAGCGGAGAAACGGAGGGAAUGGCAAAAAAUCUCUUCUUAAGAGCUGUAAAUGCUUCGGUGUUGAACCGUGGGCCUCAGAAGAAGGAACGUUGCCUGCUGUUACAUGCAUGUUACCUCCUCCUCCUAUUUCAUUAGCUAGAAAGGUGGGAGCAGAGUUUAUAGGUACUCUGAUACUGAUAUUUGCAGGGACAGCCACAGCCAUAGUGAACCAGAAGACACAAGGCUCUGAAACAUUAAUUGGACUGGCAGCCUCGACAGGCCUCGCUGUAAUGAUUGUGAUUCUGUCAACUGGCCACAUCUCUGGAGCCCAUCUCAACCCUGCUGUGACUAUUGGUUUUGCUGCUCUCAAUCAUUUCCCCUGGAAACAUGUUCCUGUGUACAUUGGAGCACAAAUUAUAGCAUCAUUUUGUGCUGCAUUCACGUUAAAGGUAGUUUUGCACCCAAUUAUGGGCGGUGGAGUCACUGUUCCUUCUGGUAGUUAUGUUCAAGCUUUUGCUUUGGAAUUCAUCAUCAGCUUCAAUCUCAUGUUCGUUGUCACUGCCGUGGCCACCGACACUAGAGCUGUAGGAGAGCUUGCGGGAAUCGCUGUAGGAGCCACUGUCAUGCUUAACAUACUAAUAGCUGGGGAGACAACUGGGGCUUCAAUGAAUCCAGUGAGAACCCUCGGACCAGCAGUAGCAGUAGGAAACUAUAAAGCCAUCUGGAUCUACCUUACUGCUCCGAUUCUUGGCGCUCUCAUUGGGGCAGGCGUUUACUCUGCUGUCAAACUACCUGAUGAAGACAGAGACAAUCAUCCAAAGCCUUCCCUGGAACAUAGUUUCAGAAGGUAAUUCAUCAGUAACACCAUCGAACCAUCAUAAUCGCCUAUAUUUGUAGAUGGUGUGCAGUUCUAUGAAUGUAAAAACACCUGGAAGGCAAGAGUGGGUUGAAUAAAACAAAAUCUUUCCACUCUCUCCAAAUGUACAGAUUUUGAGCAAGAUAUAACUUAUCAAAAGAACAGAUUAGAGCAAGAUAUAGAAGGAAUGAACAUUGGUGAGCUACUAUUGGCAAACUUAUGCGAUGCGUAGAAUUGGUGAGUUUUUACUGAAUUGUAAAAGAGACCUCUGUAUAAUGUAUUUCAAUUCACAGAACUAGUGCCACAUGAGUGGAAAUUCUUUUUCUUUUUCAUUUGUCUGAAAUCUUGGAGGGGUACGAAAUGAAACUGAGAGACUCGAUCCAUAUUUCCGUUUCUCUUAGGAAGCAAGCUAAUGAAUACGAAAGUAUUGUUCAUGACUAUCAAA